GUUGCUGCCGUUGUAAAAGCGAUGUGUGUGGAAGACGAUCCCGAACGUCAGUGACGUCAUUUCGGUCAGUGAGCCUCGACCAAAGCGCUCUCGUGCGUCUCCAUAUUGCAACUGCUCGUCUUUUUUCUUUCAAGUAGAAGAAGCAGGCCAGCAGCUUUGUGUGUGUGUGUGUGUGUGUUGUUUUGCCUUCAAACAGACAGUGUAAUUUGAGCGAUCGUCAUCCAAUCUGACGUUUCCCCUCCGCACUGAAAUGUCAAACAAGAGGUGGCGCUGUUGGCUGGAUGAAAAUCAUAACGAUCGAGAGAGACGCCGUUCGACGGAAGAUGUGGAACAUUCAUCGUCGGACGGCGAAGAUUACGGCGCAAUGGAUUCUGUCAUGUCUGGGGGCGAAGAGACUUCCGAAGCUGGGCCAGCGGGAGCCAGCGGCUCUGGUUCACGGGGCAGUAUCCAUCAUCACCGUUCCAGGCAACAGGCAGCUGCUGAUAAGCGGCGACGAGGCAAUCUUCCUAAAGAGUCUGUCCGGUUGCUCAAGAAAUGGCUCUACGAUCAUCGCUACAAUGCCUAUCCCAGCGAUAAUGAAAAAGCUAUUCUUGCCAAAGAAGCCGGACUCACCGUGCUCCAAGUCUGUAAUUGGUUCAUUAACGCUCGGAGACGAGUCUUGCCUGAAUUGAUCCGUCGUGAAGGCAACGACCCUCAGCGCUACACCAUUUCUCGGCGAGGGAAAAAACAAGGUGGAAGUCCAACUAAGCGACCGCCGACCUCGUCGAGUUGGUCGGAGCAGGAGAAUGAAAACGAACAGGAAGUGGAAUCUCACAGCAGGGAGCAGCACGGCAGCGACGGCGUGGCUUCAGUCGGUCAGAGUAGUAGCGGCGGCGGAGCAGGUGGCGAUUGGUCACCCGAGUCACAGAGCUGUGGCGACCACGACUACUUUGAAGAUCACCCGUCCAGUGGAUUCGGAGUCGAAUUAGAGGUAGAGAACGCCGAGCUGGAAACACAUCAUCAUCAUCACCACCCGUCCCACACAGCCAGUGCCAAACGACGAUCGGGGCAGACCAUACAUCCAACGUCACCUACACCUUGUUCUUCGCCAGCCGUUGUUUGUCCUUGUGGUUGCGGUGACGAAGAAGUGGAACACCGUGAAAACUACGUAGUCAGAAAAGCUCAAACUCAAAUGGAAUCUCUCUGCGAAAUAUCGCGCUGGUUCCGUGAAGAGCAGCAACAGUCGAAUAAGAAACGAGAUGACGGCGAAGAGACGAUGGAAGAAGAGGAUGACGAGAAACAGUUUUGCACUCGAACCGAAAGUUGCGCCGAUUCGUCCACUUCAAGUUCUCGAGACACCUGGACGCCUGUCCAUGUCGAGCCGACCUACGGACCUUGCCAACGCUGUUACCCGCGCAACCUGAAAUUCGCUCCUCACAGCAGCAACCACGUCACUCCACCGCCAACGCCUCCCGACGAGAGAGACAAGUUUGAAUGUCUUUACUUGCUGGUCGAUACGGCCAUUAGCCGCAUGGAGCGAGAGCGAGGUAGGCCGUGGAAGUAGAAACAAAAGAAAGGAAAUUCUAGGAGCAGCAUUCAACAGUAGUAGUACAAAAUCAGAAGAAAACAAAUCAGAUGGAAAAGUCAAGUAACGCUCUAUUCUCCGGUUCCGAGUCUCCAUGACAUUUGUCGCGACAUCCUACAACCGAUAAGUACAACUCGAUUAAGAGAAAAAGAAAUAACACACACGCCGACAGAGAAAUAAGGAAAAGAGACGCACAUGUAAGGCCAUUUUGAAUUUUUCCCAACCGAGCGGUUCGCGUCGGAUUAAAAAAAAAGUAGUCCAAAUUCGUUUUUUUAUGUUUUAAAUCACCAUUUCCCCGUGUUACUUCUUCAUCUCUUUUUGCAUUUAGAAUUCAGUCGACAAGUUUAUUUUAAAUAGCACAAAUCGCACGCACGGCUCUUGAGGCGCAGUCUCGAGCAAGUCCUCUGGUCGCGAGAGAGGCCAUCUCCCUAAAUGUGUUUCCCCACUCCUGCAAUCGGUCCGUGUCCUUGAUUUUUUUUUUCUGUCCCGAGUUCCAGUAUCCAAGUUUUCCCCACCUAAAACACAGAAUUUUUUUGCGUCUGAGGUUCUCAGAUUGAGUUGUAGUAAAUUGCGUAAUGGUAUAUAGAGUUACUUUCAGGUCGUUAAUUCUUUUGGCUGGUUGACAGUCGAAGAAAAAUGGAUAAUAUCGUCCGAGCGUUCUUUCUACAAAAUAUGCGCAGUUACUUAGAAAUAAUUCGUGGUUUAAAACAUAAUUUAGUGCCAUUCUUUUUGUGUUACACAAGAUUUUUUUUUUCGUCCCUGUAGAAAAUUCAUAGAGAGAAAACCACACACCGAGCUGGCCCAUCAUUUUGUUGUCUUUCGAGACACAUAAUCUAUCAUUUCGUUGGAGUUAUAAUUAAAUCCUAUGUCUUGUGCGUUGGUACGAAUGUGGAUGAGGGGGGUGAUGGGAAUUAGAUUUGUGGCGACACUUUUGCUCAACUCAAAUCGAAAAAAAAAGAAAGAAAGAAAUUCAAGAAAACUAAGCGAGAGAGAGCUUUUGUAUACGUGUAGGCUCGGAGAAACCGGUAGAGCGGAUGAAGAGAGCGAAUCCGAAAAAAAAAGCCAAAUUUUUGCGCGCACUUUUUUUUUUCAUUAUUAUUAUUAUUUGUUGAAUUUACCUUGUGUGCCUUAAUCACCUAGAGAAAAAAUUAUUUGGUGUAUUCAUGUAUCUCUCUCUCUCUCUCAGCUUCUUCUUAAACGAUCCUCUACUAUCGUCUCCCGUUGAUAUGUUGCCUUUUCUCUGUCUCGCUGUUUGUAUGGCAGUUACGCCAAACUCCAGCCCCCCCCCUCCUCCCUCUCCUCGGAUAAAAACAAAAUUAAUUCUGAGUUUAGUGCGUGUUAUAUAUAACCUUUUGUGUGCGUGUGUGUGUUGCCCGCCAGCCCUCCUCUCAGCAAAAAAAUGCAUCAACUCAGAUUUAAAAAAGAGAAACAUAGUCCUGGAACUGACGCAUCCAGAGAAAAUCUGUCAAUAUAUUUUUAGUACGCGGAAAGAAACACAA